ACAGAGGAUCAUCGCAAGAUCACGGCUUUGAACGCGUGUGUCGAGCCGAUGACGCUCUAACGUCAGUAUAAAUUUCGAUCAUUUCCAGAACUAAUCAAAUAUCAUUGUUGUCUUACUGAGGGAAAACUGCGAGGGGACAAGCAACUGUCACAAGGGAGAUUUGGUUUGGCUUUGCACACUGACGGUAACUUGGGCUCCAAGUUGGAAAUGUAUCAUUGGAGUAACUGUUGGACUUUUUUAAUAUACAUAAUUUUCACAUUAGCACCGUCCUUGGGGAAUUCGGAUCGAGCAGAUGCAUUUGAUGAAAUGAUUGCAGCGUUCGACACAGAUACGAGACACAUACGAUCUGCAAUUUCUUCGAUAGAGGAUGUAAAACGAGAAAGUCUACAAAGACAGAAUAAUCUGUGUAGAGGGAUGGGACCCAACAACCAUCCUUGCGGACUAACGAGUUUUGAUGUCAGGAAUGUAAGAAGAGGAGACGAUGAAGACAUAGAAGUGGAGACGCUCAAUCGAGGGACACGAUCGUUAGAAGGUAGUAGACCGGACAACCCACCGACCGAAAAGGAAAGAAUGGCCUACAUCGCCAAAUUAGCAAAAAGACGCCAGGACAUGGAUAGGAUAUUAGAGCUCCUAAAUGAAAAGGAAAACAACAUUAGACAAAUAAGAAAACGGACAUGCGCUGUGGAGUUGGGAGGGGCCUGUCGCACGGAAUGGGCAUCAGCCAUUGCGGAUCAGUAUUAUUACCUUAUGGGACCCCAUGGACCCGGCAAGAGAAGGAGGAGGUCGCUAAUUAACGUACUAACGGGGAAAUUAUCGCAUAUAUCCACCUCAAACAAAGGGCAUUGAGUUUCUGAGAAACAAGUGAUGUGUGUCAAACAUCUGUGAUCUCCUCUAUACAGAAGCGGCUUUAAUGAAUAUCAUAUAUGGAACUUUUCCUGUAUAUAAAAUCAUCUUGUUCACGGUUUUUUUCCCUUCAUCUUCCCUAUACAUGUACAGUAUGCACGGUUUGUGUGUGUUUCUAUAAUAUUGUGUCAUGUUUAUUACAUGAAGUCUCUAAUUUCCUCAUUCUUUUUUUCAAACUUAUUUAUUGAAUUAAAUCUGAAUCUGAUGUUUGUUUUAAUAAAGUGUUAUAUUUGGCAACGUUG